AUAAGAUUAUAACAAAAUAAUAAUAAAAAAUAAUAUAAAUUUUAAUAUUUGAUUUGUGACGAGAAUCGAGAUUCAUGAUUAUUUAUUAAAUGUUCAAUGUCUCAAACAUUUUUCGGAAAUUUACUUCAAAAAACAUUUCGCCUGUACAGCAGUUAAAAAUGGUAAAAUAUUUGAAACAAGACGAGGCCAUCAACAUCGAUCAAGAAUUGUUUAAUGUGUAUAAAUUUAGCGUUGACCAAUUAAUGGAGCUGGCUGGCUUAAGUUGUGCAACAGCUAUACAAAAAUGCUUCCCACCAAAAAUUCAUCAAAAAGUGUUGGUGCUCUGCGGACCGGGUAAUAAUGGUGGCGACGGUCUGGUGUGCGCAAGGCAUAUGAAACUGUUUGGUUACUUAACCGAAGUGUAUUAUCCUGUGCGCACCGACAAGCUUUUGUACAGUAAUCUUGUGCAUCAGUGUGAGACUUCUGGUGUGCCCGUGUCUGAUUCCCUGGCUGACAACAUAUCCACAUAUGACCUCAUAGUAGAUGCGUUGUUUGGUUUUAGUUUCAAGCCACCAGUGCGAGCAAAAUUCCUGCCUGUCAUGAAUGCGUUGAAAACAGUCGCCAAACCAAUCUGUAGCAUAGAUGUCCCCAGCGGUUGGAGCAUUGAAGGAGUUCCUGAUAGUGAUGGAAUUAAUCCAGAGCUAUUAAUUUCGUUGACAGCGCCAAAGGAAUGUGCCAAAAGUUUCAAAGGAAAAUAUCACUAUUUAGGUGGAAGAUUUGUACCCAAAGAACUGGAAGAAAAAUACCAAUUGGAAUUGCCUGCAUAUCCCGGUGCAGAAUGUUGUGUAAAAUUAUAAAAUCACAUGGUUGUAAUGUACAAUUUAAUUUUAAAAAUAUUUUUAAGUUUAUAUAUAUUUAAUUUGUGCUGAUUCAGAAAAUUUUUAAAUAAAAAUAAAUGUCAUAAAAUAGAGUUUUAUGUAUUAUAUAAAUA